AUGGAUUUCGCUGGUAAAGUAGCAAGGUUCUGCCAUCUCGAGUUUGUUGAUCCAUCGCGGCCCUCCCUGACAAGUUCCAGCUACAAGCAUACCAACCGCGUUUACAUAUAUCAGGAGCGGCUACAGAGGUUCGUGGUUUCCCCUGAGUUGCGUAGCAUGACCAACGACGUUGAGAAAGCUUGGGUUAAGUAUCCCGCUCCGCCACCCGGGCUUAAUGGAACAGAUAUAGUUAUUCUCAUGCUCUGCUCGAUGUCUUACACUAUCAACCCUAUAAGCUUUCCGUGGGAAGGAGCCACUCACUUAACUUUUCAGCGCUUAUGGAGGCUGAUUGAACGCAUGUCGCUGGACUCUGGAAGCAGGUAUCUUAUCUCGGCUCUCGAGUCUCGUUGCGCUCUUGGUUAUAGCACCUAUUACGAUAUCGCUGGUGAUCCUAUGAAGGACGAGCCUGAUAAGAUUAUCACGAGGGCGGGUGGUCUGAUGAUGGAUUUGCGAAGAGCGGUAACUCGUCCACCGACCUCCAUGUGUAGCGCUUCGUACAUGCUUGACGACACAGAGGUUAUCUCGUUUCUAGCAGUAUCCACCUUCAAGAAGACCUAG